AUGACAAAAAAGAAAUACGGAUUUGGCAGUUUUGUCGGAGACUUCUUUGGGGCUAUUUUAGCCGUUCCUACUUAUGGAGCCAGUUUAGUCAUGAGUCCCACGGCUCGGGGUCUAGCAGGAAACAUAAUUGGCUCUGCCAAUCGUGCUGAAAUAGAACGCUUACGCAAAGAACGAGAGGAAAAUGAUAAAAAAGUUAAACACAAUAACGAUGAGAUUGAACGAUUGAGAGCAAUUAUCAAUAACCCUUAUAGCACAGAUGAAGAAAAAAAGAAUGCCAAAAGAAGAAUAGCCAUCUUAGAAGAUGAAAUCAAACAGUUGAAAGAUAGAAGCAAAAAGAUUGAUAACGACAUUGAAGAUAAAAGCAAAACUCCAUCAGCACCAGGCAAACCUUGA